CCCUCAAAUUCUUGUCAUCUUCUUCGUUCGUUGCAAAGCGUUAAACCCUAAUAAAACCUUUCCCUCCGCAGUCGCUCUUCGCGCCGGCCCUUUGAUUAUCUGCAUCUUCCACGGCAGGUUCUCCCGCUUCCACUUUUAUUGCCCCGCUGAAGCGAAACAGGUUUUGUAUUGAGCUGCAGCCAUGUAUCUUCAGUUCUACAUAAACGAGAACGGUGAUAAAGUCUACACCACUAAGAAAGAAUCGCCGAACGGGCUUGCAACGCAAUCUGCACACCCAGCACGCUUCUCCCCAGAUGACAAAUACUCGAGGCAGAGAGUUCUUCUGAAGAAACGAUUUGGGUUGCUUCCAACUCAACAGUCACCUCUGAAGUACUAAAAACGGAUGUCACCCUUAGCUUUUAUGUUGUGUCCCAUGGUUGAUGAGUUGAAACUGUGCUGCUGAAUCAGUAGUUGUAUAAGUUGCUCUACUAUGGUUACGAUAUUUCCCAGUGUUAAGCAUUGGCCAAUGGCAUAUUAGUGGAUGUAAUGGUCUCGACUAUGUUAUCGAAGAAUCUCUCUCUGUUGAAUGAGACAUAGCCUUGGCUUUUUUAAUGUU